GAAAUUUCGCUUAAUUAUUAUCCACAAAAAGAACACCAAAUCCUCCGAUGAGGUCCAAUCGAUUAAAAUCAAAUUAUUGUAAGGAAAACUUAUUUAGUUGUGAAGGGUAUUAUGGCUUCGUCGCAACCGAAGUUAACGUCCUUUCUUGUUUGCAGGUAUAUGUUUUCAAAAUACUGCAUGAUCAUGUCAGUUAAAGACAACUUCUUUUAAUUUCAGUUACCGGGAUUUUCAUAAUAAAUCAAAAAUAAAAAAAAUAUUUAUUUUUAAGUUUUGUGCGCUGACACAACAAUAUCAUACUUAAAAUAUACAUUUGCAUGAAAGAAUACUAAAAUAUGGGUUCUUAUAUUGAAACAACGGAGAAUAAAACACCGCCCGUGUUUCCCAGAGCCUUGGAACCGUACGAAAUAAGACCCGUGGCCGAUGAGUUGGGGCUGACAAGUACAGAGAGAAAAUCACUGCAAAAUGGUUGGACUAUAAUUAAACAAAAGCAACGCCGAGCAGCGCUUAAUAUCUAUGUGAAUUUCUUCACCGAAUAUGAGGAUCUUUAUGAAAUAUUUCGCUUUAACGGCGUUUUGGACAUUGAGUUCGCCAGUCAACAUCAAAAGGAUGUGCUCGCCGUUUUCCAAAUGAUCAUUGAGCAAUUGGAUAAUUCACGCUUCGUCAAGACUAUGGUGAAAGAGCUAGCGCUCAGACAUAGAGCUGCUUCUGUCAGCGGCACAAUGUGGCAGCUGUAUACAAACGAAGUAAAAAAUUACUUUUUGAAGACCCUGAAUGAUGCCCUUUCGCCAACAUUUGUUCACGCCCUAGAUACAUUAAUGAAUUAUAUCUGCGAUUUUAAUGAAUUCAAUGAGUCCAGGGAUGACCAGAGUCAACAGCAAGAACUUGACAAGGAAUGAUUGAUAAAAUUAAAAUUUGAGAUGUAAACUCAUGUAUAUUUGUAAGUGUGUAAAUGUAUUUGUAAGACUUUUUUUUUCAAUAAAGACACUUUUAU